AUGGCAACGAUGCUGGCCGCCGUAGCCCUGCGGGGCGCGGCAGUCCCGAGGCUACGGGGUCCCCGAGACGCCCGCAGUCUGAGCGGCAGCGCGCGGCGGGGCGCGGCGGGGGCCGCCAGCCCGGGGCGCAGGCUGAGCACGGCGCGGGCGCGGGCGCGGACAUCGCGGGAGGAGGCCGAGGCCCAGGCAGAACACACCUCAUCGCGCCCUGCACGCCCGCGCCCGCUGCCGUCACCACCACCACCACCACCACCACCACCACUACCACCGCCUGAGGCCCCUGCGGCGUCCCCCGCCGGCCGCUCACUGGUGCAGCGCGACAUCCAGGCCUUCCUGAGCCAGUGCGGCGCCAGCCCAGGGGAGGCGCGCCAGUGGCUUGCGCGCUUCCAGACGUGCCACCCCGCGGGAGACCGGCCCUUCGCGGUCAUCGAGGUGGACGGUGUGGUGCUCGAGUGCGCGCGCGCCGUAUCCAGUCUUGCCUUCGCGCUGGCUUUCCUGCAGCGCAUGGACAUGCGCCCGCUCGUGGUCCUGGGGCUGCCUGCACCCACCGCACCCUCGGGCUGUCUGUCCUUCUGGGACGCCAAGGCGCAGCUGGCGCGCAGCUGCAAGGCGCUGGUGGACGCUCUGCGCGACAAUGCGGCGGCCGCGGUGCCCUUCUUCGGCGGGGGCUCGGUGCUGAGCGCAGCUGAGCCAGCCCCGCAAGCCAGCUACGGCGGCAUCGUGGCGGUGGAGACCGACCUGCUGCGCUGGUGUCUGGAGGCGGGGAGCAUCCCAAUCCUAUGUCCCGUGGGUGAGACAGCCGCACGCCGCGCCGUGCUGCUGGACUCGCUGGAGGUGGCAGCUGCGCUGGCCAAGGCCCUGCAGCCCACGAAGACCAUCUUCCUCAACGCGCAGGGCGGGCUGCGUGACGCGCGGCAGCAGGUGCUGAGCAACGUGAACCUGCCGGCCGACCUGGACCUGAUGAGCAGCGCCAAGUGGGCCAGCCCGCGCGAGCGGCGCCAAGUACGGCUCAUCACGGACGUGCUCAGUCGCCUGCCGCGCCACUGCUCGGCCGUGGUCACUGCCGCGAGUGAGCUGCUCACGGAGCUCUUCAGUAACAAGGGCUCCGGGACCCUGUUCCAGAAUGCUGAACGGAUGCUGCGCGUGCGCAGCCUUGACAGCCUGGACCAGGCCCGGCUGGUGACCCUGGUCAACGCCAGCUUCGGCAAGACGCUCCGCGACGACUACUUGGCGUCGCUGCGGCCAAGGCUGCACUCAGUCUACGUCUCGGAGGGGUACAACGCCGCGGCCAUCCUGACAGUGGAGCCAGUGCUGGGCGGCACGCCCUACCUGGACAAGUUUGUGGUGAGCGCCAGCCGCCAGGGCCAGGGCUCCGGAGAGAUGCUGUGGGAGUGCCUGCGGCGGGACCUGCAGACGCUGUUCUGGCGCUCUCGCGUUACCAACCCCAUCAACCCCUGGUACUUCAGGCACAGUGACGGCAGCUUCUCCAACAAGCAGUGGAUCUUCUUCUGGUUCGGCCUGGCUGACAUCCGGGACUCCUACGAGCUGGUCAACCACGCCAAGGGGCUGCCAGACUCCUUCUGCAAGCCAGCCUUGGACCCGAGGAGCUGACCCCCCCCCAGGCCCCACAGGCCUUGGACCAGCACGAGGAUGGACCAGAAACCCUGCAUGCCCUGUGGGGCUCACUGGCUGAGCCCCAUGGAGGACACAGGCCCCAUUCUGCCCAGAGGGCUGGGAGUGGGAUGAGCUGGGGAGGGAUAGACCAAGACCAGACCAAAGCCAGGGACUCCAUCUCACAGGGGACAGUGUCAGUGGCCUCAUGCUGGACCUGGCAGUUCUGCCUAGAGCACCUCGCAUCUGUUUCCUGCUGCUCCCACCACUUGUUCCCAUGUCUGGGAUCUCGAGGGACACUGACACAUGGACAUGGGACAGAGACCAGCCCUGGGUGGCCUCCUCCCUUGCACAGCCCUGCCCCUUCCUUCCAGGUGGGCUUGGAGCCAGGCCUGGUCACCACCAGCUCCUCUUUUACCUGCAAGAGCCCAGCAAAGCCUCAACAGGCGGUUCUCACUUAAACCUGACUUGGAUGUUCUCCCUGGCCCAGCCAGCGUUUCUAUCUUCCCAGCCUACCAGCACAGUGGGGAAGAGGCCAGAGGCUCCAGUCAACUUUCUGGGGGACCUGGUACUGGGAAUUGAACCCAGGGAACCCCCAGCUACACCCCAGCCUUUUUGAGACAGGGUCUCAUUAAACUACUCUGGUUGGUCUUGC